AUGGCCCCCAAUGCAGCAAAAAGGCAGAGAGUUUCAAAGUCUAAUACUAAUGAUCAAGAGAUGUCUUCGUCGCAGUUGUUUUAUGAGACUGUGAAAGGUUCUCAUGAGUUUAAGAUAAAUGGAUAUUCUCUAGCCAAGGGAAUGGGAGUCGGUAAAUACAAGACCAGUGGCAAAUUCACGGUUGGUGGUCAUGAUUGGAUGAUAUAUUUUUAUCCAGACGGUUAUGAUCAAGCUAGCAAGGAGUCGGUAUCCUUUUACACCAAUCUGGAAAGCCCUGGAGAAGUAGAAGUUAGGGCAUUGUUUGAAUUGAACCUACAGAACCAAAACAGAAAAGGUCAAUGUCUUGGCAGUUCUAAAUCUCCAGUAACAUUUAAAGCAGGAAACUCAAUAUGGGGAUUUUCGCAGUAUAUGAAAAGGUCUGAGUUGGAGACCUCAGAUUAUCUCAAGGAUGAUUGUCUUAUAAUUCAUUGUACAGUCGGAAUAGUGCAAACUCGUGUUGAAGAAGGGAAACAUUAUGUCACUCCUGUACCGCCAUCAGAUGUGGCUCAGAAUCUCAAGAGUUUGUUGCAGUCUGAAAUUGGUUCUGAUAUUACUUUUCAGGUUGGCAAUAAAAAAUUCAGAGCCCAUAAGUCAAUUCUUGCAGCUCGAUCCCCCAUAUUCAGAGCUCAGUUUUUUGGAUUAGUGGGUAAUCCAGACAAGGAAGCGGUAGUCACUAAAGAGUUUGAACCUUUUGUCUUCAAGGCCAUGUUGUUAUUCUUGUACUCAAAUGAACUUCCUGAAACACGUGAACUUUUUGAUUCAGAUUCCCUUUGCACUUCAACUACAAUCGCGCAACAUCUGUUAGCUGCUGCAGAUCAUUAUAAUCUUGCUAGAUUGAAACUCAUGUGUGAGGCAAAAUUAUGUGAAGAAAUAGCUGCAAGUACUGUGGCAGAUACACUGGCCCUAGCAGAACGUUACCAAUGUCAGGAACUGAAAAAUGUUUGUUUAAAGUUUGCAGCUAAACCCGAAAAUAUAAGAGAGGUUAUGAAAUCUGAUGGGUAUGCACAUUUGGAGAAGUGGUGUCCUUCACUACUGACAGAUCUGUUGAAGACUAAUGCAGUGGUAGAUAAAAAAUGA